ACUCGGAACAGGAUCCAGGUUGUCCCCGGAAGAACCCGUGUGAGAUGGCGGUCGGUUCUCGGACCGUUUGGUAGUUUUUGGGUUUGAUAGCUCCUCAGCCGAACCGAACCAUCUGCCUUACGGGAGCCUGCUUCCAGGCUGCUAUGGAGGGUAAACCGAACCUGGCGCUGGUCUACCAGGCGGUCCAGGUCCUGUACCACGACCCGGACCCGGCCGGGAAGGAGCGAGCCUCGCUGUGGCUCGGAGAGCUUCAGAGAUCGAUGUUUGCCUGGGAGAUCUCAGACCAGCUGUUGCAGCUCAAACAGGACGUGGAGUCAUGUUAUUUCGCCGCUCAGACCAUGAAGAUGAAGAUCCAGACUUCCUUCUAUGAGCUUCCUCCAGAAACCCACAAUGCAUUGCGGGACUCCCUGCUGACCCACAUCCAGAACCUCAAAGACCUGUCCCCCAUCAUCGUCACUCAGCUGGCUCUGGCCAUCGCUGACCUCGCUCUGCAGAUGGCCUCCUGGAAAGGCUGCGUUCACACGCUCAUAGAAAAGUACAACAACGACAUCAGCUCCAUGCCGUUCCUCAUCGAGAUCCUGACGGUGCUGCCGGAGGAGGUCCACAGCCGCUCGCUGAGGAUCGGAGCCAACCGCAGGACGGAGAUCAUCGAGGACCUGGCCUUCUACUCCAACACGGUGGUGUCCCUGCUGGCGAGCUGUGUGGAGAAGACGGGGAACGACGAGAAGAUGCUGAUCAAGGUGUUCCGCUGUCUGGGCAGCUGGUUCAACCUGGGAGUCCUAGACAGCAACUUCAUGGCCAGCAACCAGCUGCUGAUGGUCCUCUUCCAGAUCCUGCAGAGGGACGAGACGUCGACCAACCUGCACGAAGCGGCGUCCGACUGCGUGUGCUCGGCUCUCUACGCCAUCGAGAACGUGGACACCAACAUCCCGCUGGCUCUGCAGCUCUUCCAGGGCGUCCUGACGCUGGAGACGGCCUACCACAUGGCCGUGGCCCGGGAGGACCUGGACAAGGUGCUGAACUACUGCAGGAUCUUCACCGAGCUCUGCGAGACCUUCCUGGAGACCACCGUCAGGACCCCGGGGCAGGGCAUGGGCGACCUGAGGACGCUGGAGCUGCUGCUCAUCUGUGCGGGACACCCGCAGUACGAGGUGGUGGAGAUCUCCUUUAACUUCUGGUACCGUCUGGGAGAACAUCUGUACAAAAUCAACGAUGCAAAUCUUCACAGCAUCUUCCGCCCGUACAUCCAGAGACUCCUGCACUGCUUGGCCCGGCACUGCCAGCUCGAUCCGGACCACGAGGGAAUUCCCGAGGAAACGGAUGAUUUCGGGGAGUUCAGGAUGCGCGUCUCAGACCUGGUUAAAGACGUCAUCUUCCUGGUCGGAUCCAUGGAGUGCUUCUCUCAGCUAUAUUCCACGCUAAAGGACGGCAGUCCUCCGUGGGAGGUGACCGAGGCCGUCCUCUUCAUCAUGGCCUCCAUCGCCAAGAGCGUCGACCCGGAGAACAACCCGACGGUGUCGGAGGUGCUGCAGCAGGUGGUGCUGCUGCCUGAGAGCGUGCACAUGGCCGUGCGCUACACCAGCAUCGAGCUGGUGGGCGAGAUGAGCGAGGUGGUGGACCGCAACCCCCGAUUCCUGGACCCGGUGCUGAACUACCUGAUGAAGGGCCUCAGGGAGAAGCCUCUGGCGUCGGCCGCGGCCAAAGCCAUCCACAACAUCUGCUCGGUGUGCCGGGACCACAUGGCCCAGCACUUCCAGGGGCUGCUGGAGAUCGCCCGCUCCCUCGACUCCUUCGCCCUGUCCACCGAGGCCGCCGUGGGACUCCUGAAAGGUACGGCGCUGGUCCUGGCCCGGCUGCCUCUGGAGAAGAUCGCCGAGUGUCUCAGCGACCUGUGUGCCGUUCAGGUUCUGGCCCUGAAGAAGGUCAGUCUCCUGGCCGAACAGUCGACCAACGGGAAGUCGGCGGAUCCCACGGUGUGGCUGGACAGGCUGGCCGUCAUCUUCAGGCACACCAACCCCAUCGUGGAGAACGGACAGACCCAUCCGUGUCAGAAGGUCAUCCAGGAGAUCUGGCCCGUCCUGUCCGAGACGCUCAACGCUCACCAGGCCGACAACCGCAUCGUGGAGCGAUGCUGCCGCUGCCUCCGCUUCGCCGUGCGCUGCGUGGGGAAAGGCUCCGCCUGCCUGCUGCAGCCGCUCGUCACUCAGAUGGUGAGCGUGUACCAGGUGUACCCACACUCCUGCUUCCUGUACCUGGGCAGCAUCCUGGUGGAUGAGUACGGCAUGGAGGAGGGCUGCAGGCAGGGGCUGCUGGACAUGCUGCAGGCUCUCUGCAUGCCCACCUUCCAGCUGCUGGAGCAGCCCAACAGCCUGAGGAACCACCCUGACACCGUGGACGACCUGUUCAGACUCGCCACCAGGUUCGUCCAGAGGAGUCCCGUCACGUUGCUCGGCAGCACCAUCAUCGUCCACAUCAUCCAGUGCGCCAUCGCCGCCGCGUCCCUGGACCACCGGGACGCCAACUGCAGCGUCAUGAAGUUCAUCCGAGACCUGGUCCACACCGGCGUGGGCAACGAUCACGAGGAGGACUUUGAGCUGAGGAAGCGUCUGAUUGGUCAGGCCAUGGAGCAGAACGGCCAGCAGCUCAUCAACCAGCUGCUGCACUCGUGCUGCUUCUGCCUGCCGCCGUACACGCUGCCGGACGUGGCCGAGGUUCUGUGGGAGAUCAUGCUGUUCAACAGGCCGAUGUUCUGCCGCUGGCUGGAAAACGCUCUGAAGGGGUUACCCAAGGAGACGGCGGGAGGAGCUGUGACCGUCACCCACAAACAGCUGACGGACUUCCACAAACAGGUGACCAGCGCGGAGGAGUGCAAGCAGGUGUGUUGGGCCAUCAGAGAGUUCACCAGACUGUACCGAUAGCUGCGACCUUCUCAUGACACCAGGUUAAAUCUUUAGUUGACCAACAUUCAGAGGUGACGGCAAAAAGCUGCGACUGCAGACCAUGAAGACAAUGAUGAAGACGGAGGGACUUUGAAUGUGAAACAGGACUCUGGAACCUGACGGAGGAAGACUGAUGACAGGCGGAGCCCACCCCCGGCUCACCUGAGCCGGCCUCACCUGCAGCAGGUGGUUCUGAGUGGGCGGGGUCAGGACGGGAGGAAGGGUGUGGAUCGGUUCCUGCUGGAUCCUCAGUGGCGAUUAAUCAGGACGUGCCUGCUAAAACUGUUUUUAAGAGAUUUAUUUUUGGGACUUUGGUCAAGAUGUUUUUGUCCGUGCCAAAAAUCAGAGCCAAAAAGUUUCCCAUGAUGCCGUGGGCUGAGUGGCGUAUCGCUGGAGGAUUUGGCGUCACCUUUGACCUUUUAUCUUUGGUUUAUUUUAGUUGUUUUUCCAUAAAUGGAAACAGAGGACUCUGGGUAAUGAGGCGGACUGACACCGUGACAUCAGUGGUGAUGUAGCCUUGCUGUAAACAAUAAAACAGCUGAAAGAAAA